GUCUGACAUCUUAAAUUACAGCGUAGAAGAAGUCUUUCAGGGACAGGAAGUUGUCGGUCCCUUAAUUUUAGAUAUUGAGCUAAAUAUGUAGUCGCUAGUCUAUAAAUUUGUACGUUAAUUCGUUGAUUUUAGGGACAUGCCUUUGCUCAUUCAAAAUAUAGUUGUGGAACGUAUCACCUCGACCGCAGAACUCUUCGACAAAUAUCAACAUUUGCAGGAAAAUGCAAAAGCCUUUCGAUCCCAGCCGCUCACUGACAUUGACCCCAAGUGCCUCCUGUAUGUCCAACAGAGAGAGUUUGCUGCAACGACACCAGCAGAUAAUAGUGUUUCAGUGAUUGGAUCUGAGGAUGCCACCACCUGCCAUUUGGUUGUGCUACGGCAUACAGGAAGUGGAGCUGCUUGCCUUGCACACUGCGAUGGUUCCAACACUUGCGCUGAAGUCCCCCUCUUUAUCAAAUCAGUCACAUCACUGAGUACCUGUUGUAAUGAGGGCAGGCUUGAACUCCAUCUUGUUGGUGGCUUUAAGGAUGAGGCAAUGACAUCCCAUGAACUCAGCCUUAACAUACUAGCAGCCUUCCAACAGCUAAAAGAUGAUAUCCAUCUGGAAACAUGUUGCAUCACAGAAAUGAAUGAUGUAGUCCUCAAUGCUGUUCAUAGACCAGCAGUUUAUGGUGUUGCUGUAAAUGUUAAAACAGGAAAAGUGUUCCCUGCUAAUUUCCCUUAUAAAGGACCAGCAGAGGCGCUGCGGUCAGCACGCACCUUCACAGGGGGACAGAUGGUUGACAUUUAUGACUCUAGUCGAGGACUUGUAAAGGUCGGCCCUUGCAAGUGGUCUCCCAAUAUGGGUAUUGCCUUUUGGUUGUCACAAGAUGAUGCCAUUAUCUUAAAGUACUUGUCUACAUCGCCAAAGGCUGAGCCACCAGACUUUGUCCAUCACAUCAAAUCCACAAUCCAGUUCCUCCUAAAGCACUCAAACUCUGACAGUCUCUUCCCUGGGGGUCAGCCACAGCUCUACCACAGGACUGAGAGCGGUGAAUGGGAGAGUGUUGCUUCUCAAGUUGAUUCUUGAUUGAUUGUUUUGGACCAUGCAAUCAUCGUCUGCUUUUGUCAUUGUGUCUUAAACUGGACCUCACAUCAAUCGAAAGGCUGUCAUAACUCAUCUGGCUGGCCCAGUAGAGAAGUAGGCACACAAACUACAGUCUAUCAUUGUCUGAUGAAGGUAUGUUGCCACUUGUGUGAGCUGAUGUAAAACCUGAACCUUCAA